AUGACCUCUGGGACGAUGGUGAAAACUUCCAGGGCUGGAGCACACAACUUCUUGGUGAUCGUGAGCCUGACAACGGUCUUCCUUUUUGCCGGCACUAUUAUGGGUUGGGGUGCUUUCUCCUCCAUGCUACAGUCGGAGGGCUACUACAGUUAUCUCUGCGAGUUGCCGGAUCCGGCCCAGCCUUGCAGAAAGCAGUUGCAGGCGCUUAACAAUGCAUUCACAGCCGCAAUUACCUUUCUCACUCUCACGUCGUACUUGAACGGUUGGCUCGUGGAUAUUGUGGGGCCCAAGACAGUCACCGGCAUUGCGGGCUGUUUAAGCUGCCUGGGGCUUUCGGGCAUCGCUUUGACGAAGGUCACUGGUUGGUCGAAUCAUGCAGAGGCCAUCAUCUUCCUCGUGACGAUGGCGCUUGCCGGCUUCGGAGGAGCCAUGACAAUCAAAAUCGGCUGUUUGGCUCCCUUCAUGGUGCCUUCGUGCUUCACGCUCCUGAUGGCAGUGAACAGCUGCGUUUUCGACGCGGGCACUGUAGUAUAUCCGCUCCUGAAAGUCUUGUACGACUUGCUGUGGACAGUGCAGGUGACAACCCUCAUCGGUGUUGUCUACAACAUCCUCCAGCUGGUCCCUAGCCUCUAUGUCCAACUGGUGACCGUGCUGAUGUUCACGGUUUGGAGAGCCUUCCUCUACAGCACAAUCAGCUCUUUCAAUGGACAGAUCUUCGGCGUGAAGACCAUGGGCCGUAUCCAGGGCUUGGGCUUCUUGGUUGCCGGCCUCGCAAACUUACUCAAUGGCACCCGUGUGGAUGCAGCUAUCCACUCUGGCGACUACACGAGUCUCCUCCUCGAGAACCUGGGCAUGACGAUCCCCUUCCCAGUCGUCUUCUACCUGUUGCAAAGGCAGCGCGCCAAAGGCGCGAAAUCACCGGCGUCUUCGGCGGGCUCGCAGCAGCGGUCUACGACCAGCAGCCCAUCCGAAAUCAUGUCCAUGACAGAGGCACCAUCCGGCCAAAGCUCCUCUGAGGAGAUCUCUACCACAGGGAAGUCCGUCCUCAGCGAGCGUGCGGAUCUCUUCGAGUUCACCGGGGAUACCAUCGAGCUCACCGAGGCUGCGCAGAUGAUGAAUCCUACAGAUGGCUUGCCGGCCAAUAUCCUCACGGCCGAUGGUGGCCUGAUGGAGGAAUGGGAUGCCAGCAAGGGGGAGGAUGGCGAUGCGGUCGUGAUCGACGCCGCACCGGGAGAAGCGCCCCGUGCCGUCGGGCAGGUGGGGCCGGGUAGACUUCAGAAAAGGCAAACCCGCAGCAGUACAUAUUGCCCGCCUGGCAAGGGCAAGGGCAAAGGGAAGCACGGCUUCUACUCCGAUCUCUUCUGGACGCCUUUGAUCGCCCAAGCCCUGACGAUCGAGCGGAAGAAGGACUCAGAGAUGGUGCGUGCUUUGUUCACUGCCAUUGAGAUGCACAACGGGAAGUGCGUUACACUUUCACAGUUGGGAUCUGACUACAAGGUCUCCCAGCUGAAGAAGGACAACAUGUGGAAGAGCGUCCGGCUGCUUGACAUCCUUGAGGCAUACGAGGAUAUCUUCGAGUUGGUUCCGGACGGCUCCAGUGGUGGAUGGCAGGUCAAGCUUCAGCCGGGCGCUGAAGCGGCUCUGCCGGAUGCCGAGGAGUUCAUGGAGAGAGAAAUGAACGAGCAGGAGGCCUUGCCCCCAAGGAUCGACAAUCCAAAGUCGCAGUUUGAGAAGAUGCAAAGUCUUCGCAUCGAGCUGCUCUAUGCCUUAGCCCGGCGUGGGAACAAGGUGCAGCUACAAGAGCUCGGCCAGGAGCCGCGCGUGCAGCGCGUAAAGCAGUCUUUGCACCAGGCCAAGAAGCUCAUCGAGUUCAUCCGGAUGUUUCCAUCCAACUUCAAGGUGACAGCAGAUGAUUCCCAGAUGCUGAUCGAAGUCACGUCGACCAGUGUGUCCGACCAGUCGAUGAUCGACCGAGCCAUACAGCGGUUGAACCAGGACCGAGAAGGCGACAGAAGGGGUGGCAAGGGCGGCCGCGACGGCGGCAGGGGAGAUCGACGGGAUAGCGGCUCUGCCAGAGAUAGAGGCCGAGCUCGAAGUCGGAGUCCGCGGAGAGCGCCGCCCUCCCACGGCUACGGGCCCCCGCCCGCAGGGUAUGCUCCGCCCCCGGGCUACGGCCCGCUGCCGGGCUAUCCCCCAGCCUACGGCUAUCCGCCCCCUGUGGCCUACAGCCAUCCCCCGGCUCCACAACCAGGCUACGCCCCGCCGCCGCAGUAUGAGUAUCCGCCGCAGUAUGCCCAGCCGCCGCCGCAGGCACCGCCGCCCCAGUACGCCCAACCACCGCCGGCGGGCUACCCACCAGGCUACCCUCCUCCGGCGAGCUACCCACCUGGGCCUCCUCCCGCGGGCUAUCCGCCACCAACGGGAUACCCAGCUCUGCAGAACCUGGAUAAAGCAAGGGGCUCUGUAGAUCUCGAUGCAGCUCUCAGUUCCGCAGUGGCCGAGCAGAACUGCGGAGCCCGGCAAAAGGGCACGUGCACUGAGUGUCUCAACAUCAGGGUAGGAUCCUGGAAGGUGGGACAUCCGAUCCUGGAUGGGCAGUUGCGCAACUUGGGCAUGGAAUCAGUUGACAGUCGGGGCAUGGGGAACGGUACGCCGCGUUCGGCACAUCUGCCCAUUUUGGUUUCCCUGCUCGGAGCUUCCAAGUUUCUUCGGGCCGUGUAUGCAACCGAGAGAGAAGGGAAGGGAUUUUCGCGCGCGGUGACUUCCUUGCUAGUCUCCAGUCUCCUGGUUCCGGCGACGGGAGACUGGCACACAUACCUACGCUUGCGGGAAGUGGGGCCCUGCCGAGCUCCGCGCCAAAUCGCGCAGCCAAGUUGCCAGCGGACCGGGCUUUUCAGCUUCUUUGAGGGCUGCUCGAAGAGUGAGAAGUACGUUCAACGGCUACCAGCAGUGCUGGUCGUCCAGCAGGGACCCAACUCCGUGCAGGGCGCCAGGAGGCUGGCAGAGCUUGGUGGCUGGAGGCCCUGGGGCGACGCGCAGUUGGGAAACUUCGGCCUCUGGGCCGAAAAGGAGCUCUCCGAAGCCCUGGCGGCUAUCCAAGCCGAGCUGAGCUCUCGUGGCUCCGGCAACGCCGCGCCCAGGCCCGCCUCCGACGUCGCCACCACGCCUUCACCGAACUCAAGGUUUCAGUACGUCCACAAGCACACCUAUGCAACGGGAGAUCCGAAGGCCGCCGCGUACUUCGUGGCCAGCUACUUCGGCGGGUGGUGCAACCACGAGCCGGGCCAUGGUAAGCAGCACACGCACUGCAAGAACACCUCCUACGAGGACCAGCCCGUCACGUGGAAUGCCUACUUUCCGACAACACCGGAGCAGCCUUUGGGAUUCUCGAUCCACUUCGUAAAGAAUCCCAACAAGCUCCCAGCCAAGGGCCCCAUGAACGAGACCGAGCUGGGUUUGAUGGUGGAGAAAUGGCGUGGCAACAUCAGCAAGACCGGACGAUUUGAUCAGUUCAUGGACAGUCACCUGGGGCUGGUGUUCGACACGCUGGACCCGCUUGUGGAGAAGUGGCAGAGAGACGGCGUGCCCUUCAUUUGCCGAUCCUGGUGCUGUGGCCCCGGAUUUGCUCAAUGGCCGGACCGCUGUCCUUUCGGGCCAAGCAAGGACAGCGAUUUUUGCGAACAGGGCUGCUAUGUCGAGGUGCCGCAUGGUAUCAUUCUGGAGGACCAGCUGCAUCAGCUUCGGCCCGCCCUGCCCACCCUGAUCUUCUAUGAUGGGAGUGUGGCUAUGCUCUUUGCGGCACUCGUGUUUACCUUUACCAGAGAGUUUCCUCAUCCUCUUGAUGAUCAGCAUAUGGCGUCUGCUCAGGCCGUUCAUCGCUUUCAGGAGGAUUCUAAGCGGUUCCCCGUGGAAUCCUACGAGGACGUGUCGUUGGCAUGGAGACAGGGGGAGUGGCGUACACUCACACCUUCGGAGAGGGCGUCCAUUCAUUGUAUCCCCCCUGACGCGGUAGGUACCUGCACGCUCCAGCAUGUACAUCACGAUCGCCGCACGCAAAUCCGGAAUUCCUGGAUAGGCAACGGCUUCCACAUUCCCAGCAUUGUGCUCAUUCUACUAGUACUGGUGUCGGAGGCGGUUGCUAUUCCUGAUGCUAUGCAGUGUGUCUAUGAUCAGCACCUGCGAGCAGCCAUACCGGGUUCGCCGUUCGAUGACUCUCUCUUGCAGGCUUUUCCAGGACAGCGCACAGUUGAUCAAGUUUUGUGCGACGUCCAGGCCAUUCUCGCCGAUUGCCCCGGGUGCGCAGAUGCUCCUCGGCAUAAAGUCCGCAAGCGGCUUCAGGGACAUUGCAUCAGGUCUUUGUUCUCCUUCAAGCUUUUUCUUUGGCAUCGGGGUCAAAACGAAGUCACGGAGGGCCCUGCUUGGGUCGGGCAACGCAAUCGGGCCUUACUUCAGGCGGCAGUUGGACGGCAGAGAGCCGCCGGCGACUCCAAAAAAGGGCUCGAUCACUUGCUCCCGCCGGGCCUCUCCAAGCUUGAACACAUUCGUGCCUCCGGCUUGCUUCCAUCCCCCUUUGAAGUCGGGAACGCGGUGGACCCCGAUGUGGAGUUCGCCGCCUGGGCUCUGGGCGUCUGGGGCCCUGUCUUACCUCGGUGGCAGGAAGAUGUUCGGCGGUGCUUGCAUCGUUUGGUCAAAGCUUUCCAACCGGUCGAGGAGUUCAUGAUGUCCGUGUCUCCGGUGUCGGGUUUGUCUACCCGGUCUCCGCUAGCCCUGGCAGUCUUCACAGUCCUCCUUGAUUGGCCUGACGUCACGCAGCCCUUGCGCUACCUCACGGGUUUCAGGGCUGUUGGUGCUAUUGAGCCUACUGGUGUUUUUUGUGAGAUACCUCACACGGCUCACGUGCCCGAGGAAGAGUUCCUGGGUCAGUCAGCUCAGGACUUUAUCCAGGAGCUCAUCCAUCGCUCGCCAUCCCAGGAUGCCCAGGCCAUUUGGGAUUUGACUCAGGAUGAGUGUUCUAAGGGAUGGUGCUCGGGUCCUUUUUCGGUCGCUCAGCCGGACCGCCAAUUUGGAUCAGGCUGCUGGCGACCUGUGCCUCGUUUUCUAGUGACCCAGGCUAGCGGGAAACAAAGGCUGAUUGACGAUGCCAAGCAAGGAUCUCACAAUCUAGCGACAGAUAUGGAAGAGACCAUUUACACGAUUGGUAUCGACAGUCUUCCCGUUUAUGUUCGUCGGAUGGCUGAGGUCGUUAUCUUCUUUUGGGGCUUCCUUCCGGACUGGUUUCUCCCUACAGCCUGUAUCAUGGAUCUCCCCGAAGCUUAUCGUGGCUGUCCGGUUGACCCUCUACACCAAGGACUCACCAUCGCGGCUACUUUCGAUCCCGUCAAGAAGCGCUGGUGCUUCUGGGUGUAUACAGGAUUGCUCUAUGGGCUCGCUUCUGCGGUUCUCUCUUUCAAUCGUCUGCCUACUCUGUUGGUAGCGGUUGCUAGGAGGCUGCUAGCGAAUAUUUGUGGCGCGUAUUUUGACGAUCUGUUCGACAUUGCAAUCCGCGCUAUAGCGGCUUCUUCCCAAGCUUCUCUCCUUCAUGUUCUAGCAUUGGCGGGUUCUCCUCCAGCACCGGACAAGACCCAACCCCCUCGCUCAGCCUUUUGCUACCUGGGGGCCGCUUUUGACUUUUCCAUGGUCUUUGACGAAGGCCUCAUCACGUGUGGACCCACCUCGUCUUCCCUGCACAAGCUUUGCGAGGCUGUUGAAGCGGCAGCGGCUGCUCGGCAGCUUUCUCCAGCUCAGGCCUCCAAACUUCGGGGCCAGGCAGGUUGGACGGGGUCUUUACUGCACGGUAAGUGCGGCAGGCUGGCUCUUCGCUUCCUUAAGCAGCGCCAGUACUCCGAUGAUGGGGAUCGUUCUCUUUCGGAUGAUCAGCUUCGGGAGCUCAGGUUGUUGGUUCACAUCGCCCGAACGGCCCCCGUAAAGAUCAUCAACACACUCCAGCCAUCUCGGAAGCCUGUCGUAGUCUACUCUGAUGCCAGCUUUGAGAACGGUGUCGCCAAAUGUGGCUGGGUCGUGUUUCCCUCUCAGGGGCAACCCGUUGGUCAGGCUUUGACGGUACCCCCCGCAUGGAUUGCGGAAUGGGAACCUCGAGAAACGCAAAUCUUUGCAGCGGAGGCCUUUUGCUCGUUGUUGGUACCUUUCAAUCUUCCUUCUCUUCUCCGGGGUCAAGACAUUCUUUGGUUUAUUGACAAUGAGGCCGCAGCCGCGGCAGUCAUCAGGGGCAACAGUUCUUCCGUUGACGUCGACAAGAUAGUUCAGCUCGCUUCGCUUUUGCUUCUUCGUUUGGGAUCUCGGCUCUGGGUGGAGUGGAUUAAUUCCGAUGCUAACCCUUCCGAUGGUUUGUCCAGGGACGGCAUCGAUGAUGUUUGGACAUGUGAUCAAGGUUGGCAGCUCUCCGUAGCACUCCUGCCCGAUCCAGCCAUUCACGAAACAUUGGAGACUCGUGUUCGAUGUCCAUCGCUGAUUGGCACUUCAUGCCUAACAGCUGGCAUCGAUUUGUACCAAUGUACACUUUAG